AUCCCUCUUCAACCUUCUGCUUUCUGGAGGGGCACCUUCAACCAGCUCCGUGGUGCACUGGCAGCGGCUUCCUUAGUUUUAAAGAACGAUUGGAAAUAACUAAUUGACACAGACACAAUGUCUUUUCUCACUGUCAGCAGGUUAGGCCCUAAACUCCUCAAUGCAAAGAAUGCCACCAACUUCCUUGUGGCUGCCAGAAAUGCCAGCGCAUCAACAACUAAUCUGAAGGAUGUUCUAGCAGACCUCAUCCCUAAGGAACAGACAAGGAUCAAAAACUUUAAACAACAAUAUGGCAAAACCAACAUAGGACAGAUUUCAGUUGACAUGAUCUAUGGAGGUAUGAGGGGGAUGAAGGGUCUGGUGUACGAGACCUCUGUGUUGGAUCCUGAUGAGGGCAUCCGUUUCCGGGGCUACAGCAUUCCAGAGUGCCAGGGGCUGCUGCCUAAAGCUCCAGGAGGCGAGGAGCCGCUGCCCGAAGGCCUCUUCUGGCUGCUGGUCACAGGACAGGUGCCCACCGAGGAGCAGGUGACCUGGGUGUCCAAAGAGUGGGCGAAGAGAGCAGCACUUCCCUCUCACGUCGUCACCAUGCUGGAUAACUUCCCCACCAACCUGCACCCCAUGUCGCAGUUCAGUGCCGCAAUCACAGCUCUGAACAGCGAGAGCAGCUUUGCGCGGGCCUACUCUGAGGGAGUCCACAAGUCCAAGUACUGGGAGUUUGCUUAUGAAGAUUCCAUGGACUUGAUUGCCAAGCUGCCCUGCAUUGCUGCCAAGAUCUACCGCAACCUGUACCGCGAAGGCAGCAGCAUCGGAGCCAUCGACUCAAACCUGGACUGGUCCCACAACUUUAGCAACAUGCUGGGCUACAGCGAUGCCCAGUUCACUGAGCUAAUGCGGCUCUACCUCACCAUCCACAGUGACCACGAAGGAGGCAACGUCAGCGCACACACCAGCCACCUGGUGGGCAGCGCUCUGUCCGACCCCUAUCUGUCCUUCAGCGCCGCCAUGAACGGUCUGGCUGGUCCUCUGCACGGCCUCGCUAAUCAGGAGGUGCUGGUGUGGCUGACAGCCCUGCAGAAAGAGUUGGGUGGAGAGGUGUCCGAUGAGAAGAUGAGGGAUUACAUCUGGAACACCCUGAAGUCUGGAAGGGUUGUGCCGGGUUACGGCCAUGCCGUCCUGAGGAAGACCGACCCCCGUUACACCUGUCAGCGCGAGUUUGCCCUGAAGCACUUGCCCAGCGACCCCAUGUUCAAGAUGGUUGCCCAGCUCUAUAAGAUCGUGCCCAACGUGCUGCUGGAGCAGGGCAAGGCCAAGAACCCCUGGCCCAAUGUAGACGCCCACAGCGGAGUGCUGCUGCAGUACUACGGGAUGAGCGAGAUGAAUUACUACACUGUGCUGUUCGGCGUGUCCCGGGCCCUCGGCGUGCUGGCCCAGCUGGUGUGGAGUAGAGCCCUGGGCUUCCCCUUGGAGCGCCCCAAGUCCAUGAGCACAGAUGGACUGAUGACACUGGUGGGAGCCAAGUCAGGCUGAAGGAGCACCUGAAAAGAGCCGGGGGUCAGUGUGGGAGGAAGGGGGCAACAUCAAAAGGCAGACAUAAGUGGUUCACCCCCCACCCCCACCCCCUCACACACACCACUACCCCCCCUGUCAUUUCCAACCCCAGGGAUUCAAUGGGUUUCAAAGAGACAGUACGCUUUUAAUGUAAUUUCACACAAGAAGGGCCUUGUUUUUUUUAACCGUCUCACCAUUUAGUGUUUAAAUGUGUUUAGUUAAAAAGACGGUUUGUCCCUUUUAAGGUCUCCAAAACUCGCGAGUGUAACCCAAUGCUAGGCUCGAAACUAUGUCCCAUUAUACGUCUGCUAGCAUUCCCCUGUGAACUGCCUGUGUGUGUCACUGGGCGCUGGGUCUGAACUAUGACUAGGCAGUGGCAUUCAAAGGGAAUUGUGGAGGUCAUCAACACUUCCUUUUGCGUUUGUUUAAAGAUCUAAAGUUAAGUACCUAACUCGACCUUUUGCCGCUUUUGGCAAAUGCAGUGACUUUUUUUUAGAAGAUAUCCUAAAGCUAAAGACCCUCUUCCUGCAAUACAGGCGCCCCACCUAGUUUCCUCUAUGCAAUGUUCCCAGAUGUCAUCCAUGUGUUUCACUCCCAUUUAUGAACACUCCAGUUGACAAAUUAAGGUCCCCAGCAAUAAAAUGACCACGCUGUUAAAGAGAGAUAUAAGAUUGUGAAAAUCUGUUAAAAGAUACUGCCCCUUUAAAUCGUUGAUCCCUCCUUUUUCUCCAACUUGUAGUUAUGUUUCUUUUACUAGCGACCUGUAUUGGCUCUAUGAUCAAAAUAACUGUCGUCUAUAUAUAAAUGAUUAUUCUUUGUUAAUAUGCUUUCCUGUUUUUAAUGUUUCUCUACUCAAAAGGUCUUCUGAAUGGUAGAGAAUAAAGAAUGUACAGUAAAGAUUUGUGCAAAGGGUGUUCUAUUUGGCAGCCUGUGAUAAAUCCUUAAGAGCAAGCUUGAAUAUGUAAGUGGGAGGGGGCUUUACAUUUGUAAAGAUCCUGUCUUAUUUGAGUGUAUGUUUGACUUUAUCCCCACAGGAGAGCGCUUUAAACAUCAACUACUCCAAAAUGAGCACUUUCUUGAUUAGAUUUCCUAAUUUUUAGUUGUAGAGACCCGCCCCACAGGUUGAUUGUGUCCCUUUUUACAGAGUUUCUUUGGUGUUGAAAAUGUAUAAAGCGAUAAUCUUUGGAUCUGAUCUUGUGGUUUUAUUUAUACGUUGUGUACAUAGGUAUAUAUAUAAAUAGCUUGAAUGUAUGAGCUCUGUGUGACCACUUGCUUGUUAUUACCACAAUGAUUACCAACAAUGUAGUAUCCGGUCUCACAUUGUGAUCAUGAACAAAGGAAAACUGCAGCUAUCUUGUACAUACAUGAUCUCUUGCUUUGCUCUGUGGGCUUAGUUGGUGCUGUUUCUCCAGGCGUCUCACUUGCAUAGUUCAAGCUUGCUCUCAGGUUCUGGGUUUGCCAACACUCCAUUUCUGUGUAGUUUAAGUUAUUCCAGCCCACUUCCGCCCCCGCCCCCCCUCCACACACACAGUACUUCACACGUAGGAAUCUCUGCUUCCAUCUUAUUUCAGGCAUGUUUGUUUUUGUUGUGUUGUUCAGCAGACAAGGUUAUUUUGAUCAUAGAGAACUGGUUGUAUGAUAACUGGGGUUAUUUGUCGCAGGUGGAUCAGAGAAACACUUUGGGGUUGGAUGUGUCAUAAGGGCAAGAUAAACAUGAGGAAAACUCAAUAAAAAACGUUUUUAUUAACA